UAACAGUAAAUCGUACAUGUCCUUUCUCUCAUUUCUGCCCCACCAAAGACAAGGCAGCUGCUAGCUUUCCCGUUGAAGCUCUCUUUUGUCCCACCCCCACGUCAACUAAAGACUUCGUCCUCUCCAAGACUUAACAACCAACAAGUACAAAUAUGAAAUUCUGAUCAAUCGCAACACAAAAUAAUAAAACACAUUUCAGACUUCGGCGAUACCCAGCAUCUAGUAAGAAUAAAAGGAAUACGAUCCGUGUUAUAGUGUUAUCGUGCUAUCGUUUCACUCGCCUUGAGCGUCCCAUCAACUAUGGAUCAACUCGCGGCGACGCUCUUGGCAUUCCCAGAAUCCAACAAUGUCGAUUACAGCCUUGUCGACAAUCCCACUUUCGACGCCAACUCGAAGCAACAUGUUAGCAGACUCUCAAAGCUACUCAAGGAUCAAACUGCCUUACUGGUUAUCCACGGCCAUGAACUUAUCAACCUACUUGACCCAGCCAUAAAUACCUUAUCAUAUAUCGCAGUUCUUCAUACCCUCCUUCUACCUAGUCCAGCUUCGUCUAUCCCUUACGAUAUUCUUCUGAACAAAUUCGUGCACUUCUUAUGCGUCUUUGAUGCGCGCCAAGCACGAUAUGCCAAAGGCCACCUGUAUGACAUUUUACUUGCUGCUGGAAAUGGCCAAUAUCUACCUCCCUCCGUGGCAGUCCGUGCCCUUGCAACAGCUAUCCUGCGACUCGACCCGACCGGAAGUAUCCUUACCAUGUCCCACCUGAACCUUGCCAAACUCGCCUACAAGACCGAUAACAUCGAGCCGGCCCUCCCAGUACUCGACAAGAAUAUCAUAUACUUCCCCGGCAUGGCCAGCUAUGGCGAGCCUAAAUUCCUUUGCGACUUAUCUCUACCACCUCCAGCUUACCUCUCCCGAGAAACAGGACUUGCUACCCAAUUGAAACCCAAUCUGAUCUUGGAAUACGAUAUAUUCCGCGGCAUGUCCUAUUGUACCUUGAGAGAUUGGGCGAAAGCCUACGACGCUUUCGUAAGAGUCAUCACAUAUCCUGCGCGCGAGGGGAGCGCAAGCAAGAUUAUGGUGGAGGCUUAUAAGAAGUGGGUGCUGGUCAGCUUGCUCUCCACGGGCAAGCUCUCGGAGCUCCCGUCGUACACGGGGGCAGCAGCGAGCAAGAUGUAUGGAAAUCUCGGAAAGUCGUAUACGGCGCUCGCAGUGCUAUUUACAGCCGACAACGCCGAAGCACUGAAGGCCGAGGUUGACAAGAACGCGCAGACGUGGACGGAAGAUGGAAAUACCGGGCUGGUCCAGGAAGUCCUCGCGGCGUAUCAGAAGUGGCAGGUUCUGGGACUGGAGCAGAUCUACUCCAAGAUCUCGCUCGCCGAGAUCCGCGAACAGACCACGAGCGCCGAGACGGGACAGGCGCUCCAGAAGGACGAGGACGUGGAGACGCUGGUCCAGAACAUGAUAAUAUCCGGCAUGCUGAACGGGGUCAUCGAGAAGAAUGACGACGGCACGGCUUUCCUUACAUUCCUAUCCCCGUCCGCGCAACUUUCCGAGAAGGAAUUCGCCAAGGAGCUUGCCGGCACGGCGGCCCGCCUUAAGCAGCUGCAGCCCAUCUUCAAGACGACCAAGGAGCGCCUGGGCACUAGCAAGGAGUAUAUUAAGCACCUAGCCAAGGAGAAGAGCAGGGCCGACAAGAGCGAACCCGACCCGACGCUCCUGUUCGACGCCCACGUCGACGAUGAAGACCUGAUGGGCGGCAUAGUCGCUACCGGCUGAGCGGAGGCCAAAAUGCUGCUUAUCACUCACUACCCCAUUCUACCGGUCUUCCCGAACUAGAAUCCGGAUAUCUAGAUACUUAACGAAGCGUCGGCAUGUUUAAGGCUGAAAUCUUCAUUCAAGCAAGCUUUGGACAGGUUGGAGGGAGGGGUCGCUGAAAACUAGAUUUAGGGAGGUGCCGAGAAAAAAGAAAAAGAACAAAUACAAAACAACCAGACAUGUCAUGAUUGUACGUUCUUAUGCGGCGGCGUUUAGAGGUCUGGCAUUUUCCAUCUGCAGGCAAAGCGGUGCCCUUCUCCCCCCCCUUCACCCACGGAUAUAUGGCUUAGAAUGCCAUUUAGCUUAGCUAGAGAGAUAGUGACGACAGGGUGAGAAAUCUGAAGAUUUCUCUCUCUUUUUAUCUCACUCGCAGUGUGUUAGAUAGAGACCCUAGCAGAUGAGUUAAUAAGAAUUAAAAAAGCACUGAUAUCCCCCCCC